GCCCUCCGGCGCAUGCGGGCGGCUCCGAGAACCAUCGAGGGCCUCUAUCGUGCUAUCCUAGAGUGUCCCGGAAGUGUCUCUGGGCCCUUCCUGAGGCCCGGCCAACUUCCUGCUUCUGCCAGCCGCCGCAAGCUACUAUCGGACCGCUUCUUCCAGGCAGCUGUGGUUAGGACCUUCUCUUCGGACUGAGCAGGAAAGGGGAAGCAAGAAUGUCUGCUUUGGGGGCUGCAGCCCCGUACCUGCACCAUCCAGCCGACAGUCACAGUGGCCGGGUCAGUUUUCUGGGGGCCCAGCCCUCUCCACAAGUGGCGGCAGUGGCUCAGCUCAUGAGGGACUUGGACAGGAGCACCUUCAGAAAGUUGCUGAAGCUUGUUGUGGGGGCCCUGCAUGGAAAAGACUGCAGGGAAGCCGUGCAGCACCUCGGUGCCAGUGCCAACCUGUCAGAGGAGCGUCUGGCCGUCCUGUUGGCAGGCACACACACACUGCUCCAGCAAGCUCUCCGGCGGCCCCCUGCCAGUCUGAAGCCAGAAGCCUUCCAGGAUGAGCUCCAGGAACUUGGCAUCCCUCAAGAUCUGAUUGGAGAUUUAGCCAGUUUGGUAUUUGGGAGUCAGCGCCCUGUUCUCGACUCAGUGGCCCAACAACAGGCGUCCUGGCUGCCCCACAUGUCUUACUUCCGGUGGCGGGUAGAUGUGGCCAUCUCCACAAGUACUCAGUCCCGCUCCCUGCAACCGAGUGUUCUCAUGCAGCUGAAGCUCACCGAUGGGUCUGCACACCGCUUCGAGGUUCCCAUCGCCAAAUUCCAGGAGCUGCGGUACAGUGUAGCCUUGGUCCUUAAGGAGAUGGCUGAACUGGAGAAAAAGUGCGAGCGCAAACUGCAGGACUGAACCUUGGUAUUGUGGGUGCUGAAACUGGUACCAUAGCUCCCACUAGUCAUGAGGCCAACUCAAUUGAGGGCCUGCAUGUAAGGAUGUGUUUUGUUUAAGGGACAAGACAGCUGUGACUUUCUGGUUUGUUUUGCUUUUCUGAGUGAACUAUGGGCAUAGUGGCAUUUAUAAUCUCAACACUUGGAAGGCUCAGGCUGCAGAAUGGUAAAUUUAAGGUCAGCCUGGGUUACAUAUCGAGAUUCAGUUUUAAACUAAAGUAAAGCAACUAUUAAAAACAUGUUCUUCUA